GGGAGGUUGGUGACUGGUAAACUAAACUGUAGCGGAAUUAAGGGGGAUUUGGAUGUUGGUGGACGUCCUCAGUCCAUUCCACCUCAUUGUAGAAGCCGACAGACUCCAUUGUCCCGACGGCCAUUGACCGCGGUUGGUGCCCAACCAGCGAAGCGGGAGCCAUGCCUGUCCCCGCUGGAUACCUAAGCGACUCCCCUGCCGCGGCCUUCGUAUCCUCGGCCUCGCUUAUCCCGCCGCCGCCGAUCAACACUCAGCAACCCGGUGUUGUCACUUCGCUGCUGUACAGCGGCUCCAAGUUCAGGGGCCACCAGAAGAGCAAAGGAAACUCCUACGACGUGGAAGUUGUUUUGCAGCAUGUGACCAUGGAGGACUCCUACUUAUGUGGCUAUCUGAAAAUCAAGGGGCUGACUGAGGAAUAUCCAACACUGACAACGUUCUUUGCUGGAGAGAUCAUCAGCCGGAAGCGGCCAUUUCUAACACGGAAGUGGGAUGCAGAUGAGGAUGUGGAUCGAAAGCACUGGGGUAAGUUCCAGGCAUUCUAUCAGUAUGCAAAGACAUUCAACUCUGAUGAUUUCGACUAUGAAGAUCUGAAGAACUCUGACUUUAUUUUCAUGAGGUGGAAGGAGCAGUUCCUGGUUCCUGAUCACACAAUCAAAGACAUCAGCGGUGCUUCGUUCGCUGGAUUCUACUACAUUUGCUUCCAGAAAUCCACAGCAACAAUUGAGGGCUACUACUACCACAGGAGUUCUGAAUGGUACCAGUCUCUAAACCUCACCCAUGUUCCUGAGCACAGCGCGGCCAUCUAUGAGUUCCGGUGACACCGGUGGACACUGUGGAUCUUCUUUUUUGAUGGACUAAGACUCGGGGGUGAGGCAGAAGUCCGUGGAUGCUGCUGAGGAAAGAAAAGGAGAACACCUAAGAGCGAGAAUUUUGGCUUUCAAAGAAGUACAAAACUCUUGGCUAUGUUCUCACUGAAUGGUUGAUCAGAAGACAGGACUGAGGAUGAAUGUACGCUUGAUGAGGGUAAAAAAAAAAGAAGGGAAAGGUGACGUUUGCUCCCUGGAUGGAGCUUGUAAAGUUAGAACCAGCAGCAGAGACUGGGUGUGGUUCAUAUAGUGUAACCCUUUCUUCAUUUCUUUUUAUGUCUGGUUUAAAAAAACAACAAAAAAAAGAAAAUGCUUGGCAAACUUAUCUCGAGACACUUUAUAAGCUAAGUUGGGAAUACCCUCUCCUUGUUUUGCAACUUUCCAGCUUUCAUCCAUCCGACGCCGAAUGAGCAGCACAGGCACGUUUGUUUGACUACCGCUGGACAAGGAUUCUCCUGAUGAAUCUGCUCUGAUAAACGCAAGAUGGAUCAUGACAGAAGUAUAUCACUGAGUGUGUUGAGGCGAAUAAGCGAAAGAGAAUUUUGGGCUGAUGGUUAGAGCUCUUCAGGUUUUAGAAUUGGAGCUUUAAUCAGCCCAUAAGCUAGAAUGACAGUAUUUUUUUAAAAGCUAAGCUGGUUCUUGUUUGCCUGCCAAGAGGAUAUUUUGUUAUUUUACUCUAAAUGAUGGACACUGAGUGGCACUUUUUAAGGCUGCAAUGUGAGUGACACAGAUAGACAUACACACAAAAAUAAGCCCCUAGCCCUGCCUGCGUUCAUAACACUGCUUGGGAGAUUAUUAUCACACGUGAUUGCUGUGGAUCUUGUUCUUUUAAGUUACAUUUUGCACAAAGGUGGACUACGACGUUAUUAAUGCUCCUCGCAGUCAGCGUUUUACUCUCAAGGUGGCAGGAUCGAGCCGUGUCCAGAAAAAAAAAAACACACUAGUUUGGACUGUGUGAGGCCAAAACAAUCACAUAAAAGUGUUG